AUGAAUCCCGAAAAAUGUGACGCUGAUGCUCUGACAAGACAUAUUUUGAGCGUCGUAGAUUCAUUAAUAGGAAAUUUCCCUAACAAAUUGAUUUCACAAAGCUAUGAUGGAGCCGCGUUGCAGAAGAGAAAAACCGAGCCAGCGCAAGUUAAAACGGCUAUCGAUAAUUUUGAAAAAUGUAUUGUCGAUGUGAGAAAUAAAAUUGAUGACAUAAUAAAUGAAGCCAAAAGUAAUUGCACUGAACCCCAAGGCAACAAAAGGAGACGACGUAAUAAUAGCAGUCACGAUCACCGAGUUGCCGCAUUAGAAGUAUGCGACAAUAUAGUUUCAAUUCAAAGAUCAUUUAAUACCCGCAUCCCUUUUUUUCCCGAACACUUUGGAGAAUACUGUGGUAAGUUUCCUGAUGACAAGUUGAAAACUACCUGCUUGGCAUAUCCCGAAUUGGAAAAAAGUCGUUUAAAGACAGAGUUGUCUGUUAUUUGUGCACGGAAUGAUUGCCGAGAUUUACAUGGAACUCUGUCUCUUCUGAAAUUUUUGAUACAAAGCAGUGUGAAGGAAACACUAAAAGAAACAAAAAAGCUAUUAGAAAUUGUUGUUACAACUCCUAUGUCAGAGGCUGAGCGAAAUUUCUCAACAUUGAAAAGAAUCAAGAGUUUUCUUCGAAAUGCUAUGACCCAGGCUCGCCUUACAGCGUUGUCGAUGCUGUCCAUUGAAAAGGAAUUUAUUUCGACCAUGGAAAAAUUCAACGGGAAGGUGAUCGACAAAUUUGCUGCCAAGGAGCGCAGGAUCGAACUGACAUACAAAAAAUAG